AUGGUCGUGUCGUCAAUCUCGAUCUGCGCGGACAUCAACGGCACAGUCUCAUCUAGCCUUUUCGAGCGACGGACAGCGAACACUUCAGACUCCAGCUCUUGGAGGCUCUUAAUACCUUACGGAAACGCAUCCAGUCAUCCUGUCUUCAGCGCAGACGCGAGCGUGCCCAUCAUACUCUCGGACGUCAUCCCAUCAGGAAGCGUACAAGCUGUCACCGCGCUCUUUACUGAUCUGUACAUCACUGUCUCUUUAUGUCUUAUCUUGCAGGGUGCAAAGACCUACACGGUCGACGGGGCCCAUGCUAUUCUAUCCAAGCUAAUCAUAUACACUGUCAACCGUGGGCUUCUCAUCGUCGUCGUCCAGUUUGUUCAAUACAUUACGUAUGUCCCACAAUGGCACGACGUCCAUAUGAUUGUGGACCUGUUCCACUUACAUGAGCCGUCAUGCACGGUAUACGUCAAUGCAUUACUUGCAGUAUUGAACGUCCGUCAGCAUCUGAGGGAGAAACGACGAGCUAUCUCGAUGAUGUGGGAGAAACCGCCCGAUAUGAGCAUCGACGAACUACUCAACAAUAGCGACGCCGUAGACGUGGGCUCCCCGGAAUCCAGCUUCUUCUCACUGCUCGGAAGGAAACCUAAACACAGACGCACCUCUGUUGUUGUCGAUAUUCUGGUUACCAGGGAAGUUCUCGUGGACGGCCAGUGGAGUACAUUUGAUAGCGGGCCAAUGUCUGCCGUGGACGGUGCGCAUCUGUUCCCGAGUUUGUUGACGGACAAGCCCCUCAGUCGGAGCAACACUGUGUAAGACCUCCUCAGUAUUCCGGACAUAUUGCUGUCGUUUCGUGAUGAGUCACACAUGUCUAUAUGGGCUCGCGUACACGUUCCACAUGCCAGUGGUAUAUGACUCCGAUGUCGC